UAUGCAGUAAGUACUAGCUGUUUAUAGAUCUGACAGUUUGCUGGAAGGGAUCCAAACCUAUAGUGCUAUUAUUCCUGAGUAAAACUUAAACAGCUGCAGUCAUGUAAUUCAAAACCCUGGAAGGCUGCUGCAGUACUCGUUCAGCUCCAGUAUACCAUGAAUGCAGGAUGCAGCCAGUCAUAUAAAAGAUUCUUUGCUUCUCAGAAUGAAAGAAAGACGUGAACUGCAAACCUGAAUGCAACCUGACAUUUCCAAACAGAUGAGCCUGUGACAGCUUCUUCCAGAGUCCAGGGAUCCCACAUACCCCAGCUGUGCCUCCUCAGAUCUGUACAACACUGAUUCAGACUAUUCAAAAAUUUCAACUGUUCCAGCUGUCACAGAAAACAACUGGGGCCAGCUGAAUGUCAGGAUGCAACUAGUUACUAUUAUAGUACUACUUUUUCUUUGUAAAGCAACUGACUGUAGAAGGACAAGGAACAGGAGUUUGAAAAGCAAUGAAAGAGAAAACAUCUUAAGGAGAGCAUCUAGCACUGUUAAGCGCAAUGCCCAAGGUCUAACAUGUGAUAUUUACACUCACCUUCAUGAGAAAUACUUAGAUUGUCAGGAGAGAAAAUUGAUUUUUGUGGGACCUGAUUGGCCAGAGGAUAUAAAACACAUGCUGCUAGCAAGAAACAGGAUUCGUAAAUUGAAGAAUAAUAUGUUUUCCAAGUAUAAAGCACUGAAAAGUCUGGAUUUACAACAGAAUGAUAUAUCAAAAAUUGAGAGCGAGGCUUUUUUUGGUUUGAAUAAACUUACCACACUUUUACUUCAGCAUAACCAAAUUAAGAGUUUAUCUGAGGAGAUUUUUAUUUAUACACCUAGUCUAAACUACCUACGCCUUUAUGAUAAUCCCUGGCAUUGCAACUGUGAACUAGAAACCCUUGUUACAAUGCUACAGGUUCCAACAAACAGAAAUUUGGGAAAUUAUGCCAAGUGUGUGCACCCAAUAGAACUGAAAAAUCAAAAGCUAAAGCAGAUAAAAGCUGAUCAGCUAUGUAGUGAAGAGGACAGGCAGGACCCCAGAAACAUAAAACGGGAGAAGCCUGAACCUGUCAAACCAGAAUUUGAUUCCUCUUUGUGCCACAUGUAUGUGUUUCCUGUACCAACUCUGAACUGCAAAAGAAAAGAUUUAAAGAAAGUUCCAGGUAACAUACCUCCAGAUAUAGCUAAACUUGAUUUGUCCAACAACAAAAUAAGACAACUACGAGCCAAAGAGUUUGAAGAUGUCAGUGAACUGAAGAUAUUAAACCUAAACAGCAAUGGAAUAGCUUACAUUGAUCCUGCUGCUUUCUCAGGCCUCAACAACUUAGAGGAGCUGGAUCUAUCAAACAACAGUUUGCAGAAUUUUGAAUAUGGAGUACUGGAAGAUCUUUACUUUCUGAAAGUACUGUGGCUGAGAGAGAAUCCUUGGAGAUGUGAUUACAACAUUCAUUAUCUUUUUUACUGGCUGAAGCAUCACUACAAUGUCCACUACAAUGGCCUAGAAUGCAAAAUGCCUGAGGAAUACAAAGGAUGGUCUGUUGGAAAAUAUGUUCGAAGUUAUUAUGAGGAGUGCCCAAAAGACAAGCUUCCCAUUUAUCCGGAAACUUUUGAUCUGGACAAAGAUGAUGAAGAAUGGGAGCGACACAAAGAGCAAACAGUUCAAACAGUAAAGAAGCAUGGUGUAAUUGUCACUGUGAUAGGCUAGUAAGGGAACUCUUUUUUUUUUUUUAGUACAUUUAAAUAUCUGAUACUCUGAAAAGGAAAACAUGCUGUUUACAUUUUUUACUAAUUAUACUGAUUGUUUGUAAGACUAUCUGCCUGCAAAGAUUUCUGUGUAUUGUAGAUAAUAACUACAGAAUGGCAUUAGUUAUCCAGCAUCCUUAAUCCAGUAAUUGUUUCUGACGAUUUGUUCUGGACACUCCUGUGAAACAUUUUUGGUAAAUAUUUGAAACUGUGCAGUAGAAAUCAAUAGACACAAAUGUACAUAAUGUGGUGGGGAGGAGCUAUCCUAUGUAUGAACACAUCUUAUGUGUUCACACAGAAAUAACUGCAGGAUUGUGACCAAGACACCUUUUUCUUGAAUGUAUUGACAGUUCUUUGUAUCUAUCAGUUUCCUAAAAUAUUCCCAGAAAGCAUUGCUAAGAUUUUUGUAUUGACUUCCUCUUGUUUCAUUGUAUACCAAAAAAACCAAACUGAAGACUAACCUUAAAUACAAUUCUAGAAAAACAG